AACCAAAGUGUAAAGAACUAUAAUCCCUAAAAAAAGAAAACAUAAAAUCAUGUCGAAAGUGAAGAACUUAUUGGCCAAAAUGCUGCAGCGUUUUGGCAAAAACCACUCAAAUGCCGACAGUCAGCGAUACGACAGCCUGGAGGAGAUUGCCCAGAACCAGGCCAACGAGAGGAUGCUGAGGGAAACCCAGGGGGGAAUGGAGGAGGAGCACCUGGUCAUCUGCCUGGAGACGGCGGCCGGCAGCUUCUAUUGGCACUCGCAGUAGCAACAGCAACAACAAGGAGGAGGAGCAGCAGCAACAGCAGCAAUCUAAGUGGAAUGAUUGCUGAGAACCAAAUUAUCAGCUAUAACAAUUGCUGGCAAAAGUCAACAACGGCAAUUAUAGUAAACACAGAAGCGGCAGCAGCAGCAACUCAAGUUGCAACAGGAGCAACAGCAGCAAUUAUUAUUGCAAUGUCAACAGCAGCAUCUCAAAAAGCAUCUCCAAAAAUUCAGAG